AUGCUGCCCAGGGCGGCCCGCACGCCUUGCUGGCGUGCCUCGGGACGCUUUCUACACCACACUUCGGCCGUUCCGCGCCCAACGUCAUGGGCAUCUGCUUCCUACGGCUUUCAGCUGAGACCGUUUUCAACUACUAGAAGCCCACUGAGGAGCCAGACCCCUCAAAACCCUCCAUCGAAGUCGCAGACACCGGACCCUAAAGAUCCCUCAACUACUCGACCCAGCGCUGCCAAUGUCGCGCAGAGUCCGCCGGGUACCCAAAAUGCUACCGCGACCCCGAAGAAAGACCUACUCAGCGAAGCUACCGUGGGGAGAAAGGAGCAGAGGAAGGCAGACUGGGCGAUAAUGAAGGAAAUGGCAAAGUAUCUCUGGCCAAAGGGUGACUGGGGAACGAAGCUUCGUGUCGGCACUGCUCUCUCGUUGCUGGUUGGAGGAAAGAUCUUGAACGUCGAAGUACCCUUCUAUUUCAAGAAUAUCGUUGAUUCCAUGAACGUCGACUUUGCGACCUUUGGUGGAACCGCUUACACAGUCGCAGGCUCGAUGAUUAUUGCCUACGGUGUUACUAGGAUCGGCGCUACACUGUUCCAAGAACUGCGCAAUGCUGUGUUCGCCAGUGUUGCGCAGAAGGCGAUCCGCAAAGUCGCGGGGAAUGUAUUCCAGCACCUGCUCCAGCUCGAUCUCAACUUCCAUCUCUCUCGGCAGACCGGUGGUUUGACGCGUGCAAUUGACCGUGGAACCAAGGGCAUCAGUUUCUUAUUGACUUCCAUGGUCUUUCACGUAGUGCCAACUGCCUUGGAGAUCUCUCUUGUCUGCGGUAUUCUGACCUACCAAUAUGGUGUCCAAUUUGCGGCGAUCACAGCCGCAACCAUGGUGACCUAUUCUACUUUCACGAUCAUGACCACCGCCUGGCGAACCAAAUUCCGCAAACAGGCAAAUGCUGCAGACAACCGUGGUGCCACCGUUGCUGUCGACUCUCUGAUCAACUAUGAGGCGGUUAAGUAUUUCAACAAUGAGAAAUUUGAAGUUGCACGCUACGAUAAGGCCCUGAAGGCCUACGAGGACGCUUCUAUUAAGGUCACAACGUCGCUGGCUUUCCUCAACUCUGGCCAGAACAUGAUCUUCUCGAGUGCCCUGGCAGGUAUGAUGUAUCUCGCGGCCAACGGGGUGGCUAGCGGCAGUCUGACUGUAGGUGACCUGGUCAUGGUCAACCAGCUCGUCUUCCAGCUCUCGGUCCCGCUCAACUUUUUGGGUUCGGUGUACCGUGAGCUCCGCCAGUCUUUGCUGGAUAUGGAGACCCUCUUCAACCUGCAGAAAGUCAACGUGAACAUCACCGAGCGACCGGAUGCCAAGCCACUCCAGUUGAAGCAGGGCGGCGAGAUCCGAUUCGAGAACGUCACUUUUGGCUACCACCCCGACCGACCCAUUCUCAAAAACGCUAGCUUUACGAUUCCUGCCGGUCAGAAGUUCGCUAUCGUUGGACCCAGCGGUUGCGGCAAGUCGACAAUCCUGAGACUGCUGUUCCGCUACUACGAUGUUCAGGAGGGACGGAUCCUGGUUGAUGGUCAGGAUAUACGCGAUGUGACCCUGGAAAGUCUCCGCAAGGCUAUUGGUGUUGUGCCCCAAGAUACCCCGUUAUUCAAUGACACGAUCGCGCACAACAUCCGCUACGGCCGGAUCGAAGCAAGCGAUGAAGAAGUGUACCAGGCGGCGCAGCGCGCACACAUCCACGAGCUGAUCCAGAAGCUGCCCGACGGGUACGAGACCGCCGUUGGUGAGCGAGGCAUGAUGAUCUCUGGAGGCGAGAAGCAGCGACUGGCCAUUUCUCGACUGAUCCUGAAGGAUCCGGAGCUCCUGUUCUUCGACGAAGCGACCUCAGCUCUGGACACCUACACGGAACAAGCGCUACUGCAGAACAUCAACAGCAUCCUAAAGGAAAAGCGACGCACGAGCGUGUUCGUGGCGCACCGACUGCGCACGAUAUACGACUGCGACCAGAUCCUCGUAUUGAAGGAGGGGCACGUAGCGGAGAAGGGAUCGCAUCGCGACCUGCUGGAGCAGAAUGGCAUCUACGCCGAGCUGUGGAACGGUAAGAGACCCGCCGACGGAGUCCCGGAAGGGAUUGGUGAGCAAAGAAAGCUAACUAAAUCCUGCGCCACAGCCCAGGAAAUGUCCCUCGCACAGGACCUGGACAGCGAACCGACAGUUGCAGAGGAAGAGGAGAGUAGCACUAUCACUCGUAAGUAG